AUGACGGACCCCCGCCUGUGUGCUGGACAGAGGAAGCCCAGCCUGUCCUUUUCCAUUGAGGAAAUCUUAAAGAAACCUUCUGCCAGCACUGUCCCGAGCAGCGAAACCAGGAACAGAAGUAGCUACGCUGAGAGACCUCCGUCCCUAAAAGCAGGGUCACCCUUGGCCUUUGAUUCCAGCAGCCGGAGUCAGUCUGACUGUGACUUACCUUCAGCCAAAAUGCUUCUUCCCACCACGUGUGCUGCACCCAUGGCCAAAGCAAGGAGAGUGCAGGCAACUCACUGCAGAAGACCUACUGCCAACCCAGUGUCCUUACUGGGUGAGGACACGGGACGUGAACGUCUGGAAGGCAAAAGAAAACAUGAGGAAGAUCAGCUAUGUGGCUUCCCAGUGGACCAUCCACUUCAUGUUGAGAGGAAAGGGAAACGAAGAAUCCGGACAACGUUCACAGCUGAGCAGCUCCAGGAACUGGAGAAAAUUUUCCAAGUGACUCACUACCCGGAUGUCCAUAUUCGCAAUCAACUGGCAGCAAAGAUAAACCUCCCAGAAGCCAGAGUUCAGAUCUGGUUCCAGAAUCAGCGAGCAAAGUGGAGGAAACAUGAAAAGUUCAGCAAUUUUGGUGGCCUUCAGUAUCUGACAGAAGUUGAUUUUGUUCCUGCUCCCAAGUCAGAUAUCACAGCUCCUAGCUUGAUGCCAAGAAAGCUCUCUGUGUCCUAUCCUGCCGUGGGAUACUACUCACCACUGCAAGGACAGCUGACAACUGCCUGGCUGCCCAGCACGCUCUCCUUCACUCCCCACCACGUGGAGCUGCUGCCCUUCCCAAAACCAUACUUGCUCUUCAAUGUCCUGCCCCCUUACGGCUCGCUGCUACCCCACAAGCUGGAAAGGAGCAGGAUCUGUGCCGGCUCCUCAUAG